AUGACAUCUGCUGUGGAUGAGGGGGGUGGUGAAAAAGUACGGUCUGCUGAAGAUUUUAUUAUUGGUGUCACUCUGGCUAUCAUAUCCAGUGUUUUUGUUGGAUGUAGUUUUAUUUUUAAAAAACUUGGUUUGUUGAAUUUUGCCAAGAAUUCGUCUACCAGGGCAGGUGAUGGAGGUUUUGGAUAUUUAAAAGAAUGGUUAUGGUGGGCUGGUAUGAUAUUAAUGACGACUGGUGAAUUUGCUAAUUUUGCUGCUUAUGCCUUUGCUCCUGCUACCCUAGUUACUCCCCUUGGUGCUCUAAGUGUCAUUGUUAGUGCUGUACUGGCAUCAUGGAAGUUGAAAGAAAGAUUGAAUCUGUUUGGUAAAAUUGGGUGUUUAUUGUGUAUAUUGGGGUCCACUAUCAUGGUGAUACAUUCUCCUAAAGAAGCUGAAGUGGAGAGUAUGGCAGCUUUAGAAGAGAAACUGAAAGAUCCAGUGUUUAUAGUGUUUGGUAUAUUGGUGGUCAUUUCAACAUUAGUCUUAAUAUUUUAUUUCGUGCCAAGAUACGGUAACACUAAGAUAUUAGUGUACAUCAGUAUCUGUUCAACUCUCGGAUCGUUUACCGUGAUGGGUUGUAAAGGAGUAGGUGUGGCAAUCAAAGAAACUGUCAGGGGUACCAACGCCUUUGUUAAACCUCUGACGUAUAUUUUAUUAGUUAUAGUAGUUGUGUGUAUAUUACUACAAUUAAAUUAUUUAAAUCGUGCAUUGGACACGUUUAACACGUCGGUUGUGACGCCGAUAUAUUACGUCUUUUUUACAACGUCUGUCAUCGCAGCUUCGUUAAUUUUAUUUCGGGAAUUCGGUCACAUGACUGUUUUGAAUAUUAUUGGUGAUUUGUGUGGAUUUUUAACAAUUGUAUGUGGAAUAUUUUUAAUUAACGCUUUUAAAGACAUGGAGAUGUCGAUAGCGAAACUUCCAAGUAGUAAAAAGAGUGAUGAACAGGAAGAUUCUGUAUUAAAUGAAGAUAUUACAGGACAGAUUCUCCACUUUGCACAUCGAAUCUUACUCUCAGAAAUGGGAAUUUUUUAG